AAUUCUGACGCUAAAGUCCCUGCACGUCGCUAUAGUGCGUAGUGUGACAGUCAGGCAGUGCCGCUGGUAGGACGUCGGUGACAGCUUGAAGCCGGUGAUAUUCCGACGAGGCUUCCUUCCUGGCAGUGUAACCGACGAGCGCCAGCGGGAUUCAAGAUGGGGACCGUGUUAUCGAUAUCUCCUUCGCAGCCGCGAAGGCCGCUGUACGAAGACUGCGCGCUCAACAACUACAAUUACGAGGCUCUCAACAACGCGAAGAACUCCAAGGAGAGGGAGAAGGACAAGGAGAAGGAGAAGGAGAAGGAGAAGAAUCCGAUGAAGCGCCAUUCGCUGUUCAUCAACACGCUGUCGUGGAGAAAGUUCAGCGUCUCCGGGAAGAAACCGCCGAAGGAGAAAGCACAGUCGGCGAACGCGCUCUUCAAGGGCUACCAGCUGAAUCAGAUCGGCGUGAAGGUCGACAAUCUGAACAACGUCGAGAACAACAAGAACAUCAACAACAUCGCCAAGAGCAUCUCGUGCUACAAUCUCAAGUACCCGAUCAGUAAUCUCAACCAGCACUCACAGCGCUACGACGACCAAAAGAACAACAACGUCGCCGAGAAGCCGGCGAGAAAGACCGUGAUACAGGCGAGCACGUCCGAGCUGCUGCGCUGCCUCGGAGAGUUCCUCUGCCGCCGCUGCUUCCGCCUGAAGAACCUCGAGAGCGGCGACGCAGUCAUGUGGCUGCGCAGCGUCGACCGCUCGCUGCUACUACAGGGCUGGCAGGACAUUGCAUUUAUCAAUCCGGCGAACGUCGUCUUCGUCUUCAUGCUCGUGCGGGAGCUCGUGCACGACGGAGUCGAGACGGAGCUGGAACUGCAGGCGGUGGUGCUCACAUGCCUCUACCUGUCCUACUCGUAUAUGGGCAACGAGAUCUCGUAUCCGCUGAAGCCGUUUCUCGUUGACGAGUGUAGGGAUCAAUUCUGGGAUCGGUGCUUGCGAAUAAUCAGCGACCUCAGCGGCAGCAUGCUGAAAAUCAACGCCGAUCCGACGUUCUUCACAGAGGUGUUUACGGAACUGAAGGCGUACGGUCCGGGAUAG